GCGUGUGAGUCACAAAACGCACAUACAGUGAGAUGCCCGGCCAAACUGGGAAAUUGGUGAUGCUCAUUUCUUUCGCAUUUCUUCUUUCCUCUUUCUUCUUUCUUCUUCUUUUGAUCUCUUAUCAAGUCUGUCAAUAAUACACAUAUACACACCCAUCCUAAUACAACCAGCCCUCGCACAAUGUCUUCUUCUGAUCGCGUCCUCAACGCAGCCGUGCUCGGCGCCACCGGUACUGUCGGCCAGCGCUUCAUCGUGCUGCUCUCAAAAAACCCCAUGUUCCGCAUCCACUCGCUGGGCGCAUCUGAGCGGUCAGUAGGCAAGCCAUACAGCCAGGCGACCAAGUGGAAGAUGAGCGAGCUGAUGCCCGAAGAGGCCAAAAACGCAGUGGUCAAGAACUGCGAUCCGGCAAACUACGCCGGGUGUGACGUCGUGUUCUCUGGUCUCGAUGCCAGCGUCGCCGGCGAUAUUGAAAAGUCAUUUUUCGAGGCAGACUUUGCUGUCUUCUCCAACGCAAAGAACUACCGGAUGGUCCCCAAUGUGCCGCUCUGUGUGCCCGUUGUAAACACCGAUCACUACGCGCUUAUCGCCGCGCAGCGGGCCGCCCUGGGCCUGAAGAAGGGCUUUAUCGUCACAAACUCGAACUGCUCGACCUCCGGCCUGGUUGUGCCACUGAAGGCGCUGCAGGAUCGGUUCGGCCCCUUGAAGCGUGCCAUUGUCACCACGCUGCAGGCCAUUUCGGGCGCCGGCUACCCUGGAGUCGCAUCGCUUGACAUCCUGGACAACAUUGUGCCGCUGAUCUCUGGCGAGGAGCCCAAGAUGGAGGAAGAGGUACUCAAGAUCCUUGGCGGGCUCAGCCAGGACACGUCAGUGUGCACGCCGCUGGACGACCUGCGCAUCUCAGCCACCUGCAACCGCGUGCCGGUUAUUGAUGGCCACACCGAGUGCGUCAACCUUGAGUUUGCCAACGCCCCGCCGUCGGUCGAGGAGGUCAAGCGGUGCCUGCGCGAGUACACUUGCGAGGCCCAGGAUCUCGGCUGCUUCUCAGCGCCCAAGCAUAUUAUCAACGUGACCGAGGAGGAGGACCGCCCCAGCCCCGCCUCGACCGGAACGCCGGAGAUGGCAUGUCGGUCACCGUGGCCGCAUUCGCGAGUGCCCCGUGUUCCACAUCAGGUUCACACUACUUGUGCACAACACCAUCCUAGGCGCUGCAGGUGCCAGCAUCCUCAAUGCCGAGUAUGCUGCCAAGAAGGGCCUCCUCUAAUCUGCAUUACGCGACUGUGGCUUCUUUGUUUGAGGCUCGAAUGUGUGGCGAUGCCUUUAGUUGUUUUGCUCUAUUAAAAUACAACUCUAUUUUUUCGCAUACACUCAGGAAAGUUCA